AAAUAAAAUUCAAACUUAGUGCUACUAUAAGACGCGAGAUGGCGUCUAUUUAAAUCGAUUUUAAAUGGUCGAGAAACGUGAGGCGCUGCACAAAAUGCUCACAAUGUCAACAUUAAUGAUGCCAGCAGCAACCAUGACUACGAUGACGAACGCAGGACCUAUCCCGGUAGCUGCUGCUACCAAACUGGAGCCGAAACUACUGCAGUUGCCUCAUCCUGCGCUGAUGCAGCAAAUACCUCAACAACAGCACCACCAUCAGCAUCCACAUAGCAACAACAAACUUGAACAUUACCACAUCUUCGUCGGUGAUCUAAGUCCUGAGAUCGAGACGCAAAGUUUGCGAGACGCGUUCGCACCUUUCGGAGAGAUAUCAGAUUGCCGAGUGGUCCGCGACCCGCAGACACUGAAGUCAAAAGGAUAUGGAUUUGUGUCGUUCUUAAAGAAAUCGGAGGCAGAAUCAGCGAUAACAGCUAUGAACGGCCAGUGGUUGGGAUCACGAUCUAUCCGCACAAACUGGGCAACACGGAAACCGCCCGCGCCCAAAAGUGAACUGAAUUCGAAGCCGUUGACCUUCGACGAGGUGUACAACCAGAGCUCGCCAACCAACUGCACGGUCUACUGCGGCGGUCUGACCACCGGUCUCACAGAAGACCUGAUGCAGAAGACAUUCCAGCCCUUCGGCACCAUACAGGAGAUACGCGUCUUCAAGGAUAAGGGAUAUGCUUUCAUCAGAUUUUCAACGAAAGAGAGCGCCACACACGCUAUAGUGGCUGUCCACAACACUGAUGUCAAUGGUCAGCUUGUCAAAUGUUCCUGGGGCAAGGAAUCAGGAGAUCCUAACAAUGCGCAAGCGCAAGGACAGCUGGGAGGUACUGCGUACAGUCCGUUCGGCGCGUACACAGCUGGAGGCGUGCCUCCCGCUUCGUACUGGUACAACACGUACCCUCAGCAGCUCGGAGGAUUCCUGCAAGGAGUGCAGGGAGUACAGGGAGUGCAGGGAUACUCCUACGCCGGACAGUUUGCAGGAUAUCAGCAGCAGUACAUGGGUAUGGGAGGCGUGCAGCUGCCGUGGGCUCUGGGUGGUGGUGUAGGCGGUGUGGGCGGUGUUGGGGGCGUAGGUGGUGUGGGUGGUGUGGCAGCCAUGUCCCAGCCGCCGCAAGUCCUCCACUAUCCAGUGCAGCACUUCCAGGUGCAACCCAUCGGUGAGGAUGAGUGGUUGGCCCCGAGCCUGCUGGUGUGAGGCCAGCGGCCGCCGCCCGAGCCCGCCUGCUGCUGUCUGCACAAGGAGUGGAUUUGAAGCCCCUUCACGUUCCAUUCUACUCUGUACCUUACUAACCUCUUCUGUACCAACCUUUCUACUCUUCUGUACCAACUUCUUAAC